AUGAAGGUCCUCUGUCUACACGGGAAAGGCACCAGUGGAAGCAUCUUCCGCUCGCAGAUCUCGUCAUUCCGCACCAGACUCCCCGAAUCUAUUGAAUUCGACUUCAUCGAUGCUCCAUACGAAUGCAAUCCGGCACCAGGUAUAGACCUAUUUUACAGCCCGCCUUACUACUCCUUCUGGGAACGCGAUGAUGUCGACUCCAUCCGAGAAGCCUAUAACUGGCUGACCGAUUACAUCGCCAAGAAUGGCCCCUACGAUCUGGCGCUUAUGUUUUCCCAAGGAUGUGUCUUGGGCUCUACUGCUCUCUUACUCCACCAAGAAGAAACACCGCACCUCCCACCGCCUUUCAAAGCUGCAGUUUUCGUCUGUGGUGGCGCAUCCUUGAUCAUGCUUGAGGAGCUGGGUUUCCAUGUAUCAGCCGAGGCGCGCGAGCGUGAUGCCGCUUCUAGAACUGCUCUGGCAUCGCAGGCUGGGUCUUCGGCUGUGCUGGCUCAAGGCUCGAAGCGCUGGACUGGUCUUGACUCUUUGGAUGGUGGGUUGACCGAGGAUGAAUUGCGUGAUGAGAUUACAAGUCCCCUCCGAAUUAAUGUCCCCACCGCGCAUAUAUAUGGCGCGAAAGAUCCGCGGUAUGUGGCUGGCGUGCAUCUUUCUGGGAUUUGUGAUCCCGAGAAACGCCGGACUUAUGAUCAUGGUGGUGGGCAUGAGAUUCCGCGGACUGGUGCUGUCAGUGAUAAAAUCGCGGAGAUAUUCCAAUGGGUGGCUGCGCAAGGAGGUGCUUGA